UAUUAUUAUUAACAAUAAUAACGUACAUUUUAAGCAGUGUGCACGUGUACUGGAACCCCCCGUUGCUUCUGUAGUUUUGAUUAGUUGUGCAUUAUGAAAUCAAACCGCUGGAACUGAGAAUCUCAGGAAAGAGGCAAAUUAUCGAUCGUCUAAUUUAAUCUGAUGGCUUUAAUUAACAAGCCACACGUGCAAUUAGUUUAAACCAGCCAGAGAGAAGGAACACGCAGCCACACGUGCUAAAACGCAGGAGACUUUUCAGACGUUGUGUAAGAUGCCUGAUUAAAGCACAGGUUUUACAGGUGAGGGGAGGACAGGUUUCUGAUCGUUUCUUGGUUGUACAGGUGAGGGGAGGACUGGUUUCUGAUCGUUUCUUGGUUGUACAGGUGAGGGGAGGACAGGUUUCUGAAGCUCUCGUCCUGUUUCUGCGGGAUCCCCAAUGUGGAGAUGUCUCUGUCGGAAGCAGAGGAAGGGCUGGUGAUGGACACUGUUCCUAGUGAGGAGGAGGAGGAGGAUGAGGACGAGGACGCCGGGACGGAGUUUGUCCACAUCAAUGAAGAGGGGGUGCAAGUCCACAUGUCUCUGUCGGACCCCAGAGAGGAUCUGGUGACCCCAGAACCCCUUGCCAGCGAAGAGGAGACCCCGAAAGAGACAGCCGGCGAACCUGAACCCGGGGAUCCCCCCUCCCUGUGCAUAGCGGACCCCUCGGAGCUGGGCGGCAUCGUGAUCAAACAGGAGGUUGUUUCUGGGGAGAGCGAAGUGGAGGAGAGCGGGGAGAUGGGAGAGCUGUGCCCGGUCAAGGACCAGGGUGUCAGCGGCGGGCAGGACCUCUUCCACUGCCCGGAUUGCGGGCAGACUUUCAGGCUCCACUCCCAGCUGGCUUCCCACCGGCGGCGAGGCCACCGCGCCCGGGAGAGACCGUACUACUGCGCGGUCUGCGCCAAGUGCUUCUACCAGGCGGGGGACCUGCGCAAGCACCAGCGCAUUCACACAGGCAAGAAGCCCCACUGCUGCCCCCAGUGCGGCAUGCGCUUCACCCAGUCGGGGGUCCUGAAACGGCACCAGCGCACGCACACGGGGGAGAAGCCGCACGCCUGCCCCGUGUGCGGGAAGAGCUUCAGCAUGAAGCACAACCUGCAGACUCACGGGCGCAUCCACACAGGCGAGCGGCGCUACGGCUGCGAGCAGUGCGGGAGGAGCUUUACCCAGCUGCCCCACCUCCGGAGGCACGAGCAGGUCCACUCCGGGGUCAAGCCCUUUGAGUGCGCCAUCUGCAGCAAGCGCUUCACCAGGGCCUCCAAUCUGAGAUCGCACCAGAAGCUCCACACGGGCGACCGGCCCCAUGCCUGCCCCGACUGCGGCAAGACCUUCCCCGACGCCAGCCGGCUCAGAUCCCACAGGCUGGUCCACGCGGUGGAGAAGCCGUACGCCUGCCAGGAAUGCGGAAGGGGCUUCUGCAGCCCCUCCCAGCUCCGCAAGCAUGGACGCACGCACUCCGGGGAGAAGCCAUACCGCUGCCCGGCCUGCGGGAGAGCCUUCGCCAGGGCUGACGGGCUGGAGAAGCACUCCAGGACCCACACGGGGGAAAAACCGUACGAGUGCGCCGACUGCGGCAAGAAGUUCUGCGACUCCACGCAGCUGAAGAUGCACGGACGCACGCACUCCGGGGAGAAGCCGUACCCCUGCCCGGCCUGCGGGAAAGCCUUCGCAGGCUCCGGCCAGCUGCGCCGGCACAGCCUGACCCACGCUGGUGGGCGGGGAGAGGAGGAGAAGCCCUUCCGCUGUCCGGAUUGCGGCCGGGGAUACUCCACUGCCACCAGGCUGGAGACGCACAGGCAGGUCCACUCCUCCUCCUCCUCCACUGCCCCAGGAGACAAGCCUUACCCCUGCAGCGACUGCGGGAAACGCUUCCUCACCUCCUACCUCUUAAAGAGGCACGGCCCUGUGCACACGGGAGAGAAGCCCUACGACUGCCCAGACUGCGGGAAGAGCUUCAGCUGGGCUGCCAGUCUGGAGAGGCACCGGCGGACACACGCCGCCCCGAAGCCGCACCCCUGCCCGGAGUGCCAGGAGAGCUUUUGCGACUCCGCCCGGCUCAGAAAGCACCAGCAGACGGCACACUCCGGGGACCGGCCGUUCGGUCGCCCCGACUGCGGGGAGAGUUUUUCCAACGGCAGCGGUUUGAAGAAGCACCGGAGGAUUCACGUGGAGGAAGGGGGGGCGGGGGAGAGCGCACGGGUGCCUGAAACGAGGUGAAGGGAUUC